AUGGAAAUAUGCUACGAUCCAUAUGACCCAGCCUACAUACCCCCAACCCCUCCCAAGCGGUCCAACUUCUACAGCGGAACAGGCUACCUCGUUGUCCGUCCCAGCACAGGCGGCAUCGUAGUAUCGCACCCCUCCGCCGUGGACCUAGUCUACCUCAACCUCCCUCGCACACACGACACCUCCACCUCCACCCCCGCCGUCGAAGACGCCCUCGCAAUGCGCAUGCUCUCACUCGGGGCGCCCUGGUGGCCGAGCUGGGAGACCUACACACGUCACCAAAAGCGCAUCGACGACGGGGUGAUGUACGACUUCCACCACCCACCCGACACGCACGUCGGGUACCCCUCCACAGGCGGCGUCUGGGUUGUGCGUUUCUCGCCGGACAUACCCUCGGUGGUCUGCGUCAACAGCGAGGGCAGGUCGGACGAGCCGCGGCGGACGUUCCCGGUGACGCCUGAGGGGUGGCAUCGGCGGAUGGAGAUGGUGCUGAGCAUGAAUGAGAAGUGCGACGUUAUCCAGGACUUUGGCGGGGUGUUUUUUGAGAGCGUCGAGGAGUGCGGGUAUGUUGCGACGGACCUGGGAGGCGGCCGGGAGCUGUUUGGGAGGGUUGAGCCUUUGUUGAGGAGGAUGGAUGAUGAUGGGUAUGCGUACAAUCGGAACACUGCUCGAGGAGAGAAGCGCGGAGAUGAGCUUGACAGCGAUGAUAUACAUCGCGAUGGAGGAAAUAGCGUCGGAGAUGGACGAAGAGGGUGCGUGGUCUCUUGA